GUUAUUAGUGUUAUUACUAAUAGCAAGCUUGAAUGAAACCACUCCACGCGUUAUAUCACGAUAAUCUAGGCAAGCAAGAGUAAGUGAAAGUAGUUCACAGUUUUGGCCCAACCUACAUUUCCUGGUCCUAAGUGUUGAUUUUACCAGUACUGAAUCAACAUUCGCAAAGUGCAAUUCUUUCUUGAGUAGGCACUUGGAGAUGGAAAAAUCAUUGAUUUGGUUCUUGUUAGUGUUGGCUGGGGCUGUGCUUAACGUAGUAGGUUUUCCUGACGGGGCUCCUGUAGACGCCUGUGUUAAACCUAGACCCAAUCAACCAUACCAUGGGCAAGCUAGACCGCAGCCACCGUCCACUAAUCCGUAUCAAGUAUUACAGAGUAGUGCCCACUAUGGACCGGGAACCCAAAUCACAGUAACUAUCCAAGGAGCGGAAUACUUCAAAGGAUUUUUCAUUCAAGCUAGAGAUGCCGCCUCUGACGGGUGGUUAGGCAAAUGGGAAGAAACCCCCAACACGAAAAUUCAUCCAGAAUGUAGCGCCAUCACACAUGCUGAUCCCAAACCUAAACAGCAAGCAGUUUUCGUCUGGCAAGCGCCUCACAAUGCUCAGCCCGGACAAGUUUAUUUCACGGGUACUGUUCUCAAGGAAUAUACCACUUUUUGGUCGAAUAUAGUUUCCCAAGUUGCCCAGUAAAAAAAUAUUUGGUUUAUUUAUUACAUAUUUAUUUACCACUCAAAUAUUUCCUUUCAGUACUUACGAUUUAUAUGAUUUUUGUAAAAUCUGUACUGUAGUAAAGAAGAGGCUUUCGUAUUAACAUGUACCUAAUU